GUGCUAUUAUUGAGUUUACUACUGAUUGCUACGACGUACACCCAAGAAACACCCGACGCCGCGGCUGCUGCUGCCGCUAGUCUUUCGGAUGCUUUGCACGGCGCUCUAGGUAAUGCAAUUCAUCUGUAUUGAAACGCCAGUGGCGUGGAUUCAUUCUUGUCGUAGGUUCCUUUGCGCUUAUUGUCGGCCGUCAACCCACCCCGGCUGACGCAUUGACAGGUGAACACCAGGUCAACGGCGAUGUGACCAUGGCUGGUGACCAAGCACGUACCCCACUGACACUAAUCAUUGGCGAAGAAAACAUGGUCCGGGCCGUACAGAACUCCUUGAAAGGCGAAGUGCCCAUGUCGGCCAUCCCUUUGAACGAUAUAUGGCAAAGAACUGAUAUUGUGCCCAAUGCAGCUGUCGACACUACGGAACAACCUCCAAGCAUACCCGAUACUAUGCCUGAACAGCAAGCCUCACAACAAAAAGUCUCACAGCAAGACGCCUCACAGCAACAGGUCUCACAGCAACAGGCAACGCAGCCUCAAGACACCCAGUCUCAACAACUGGCAACGCAACCACAAGCUGUUGACCAACCAGCACUGAAUAAUGUGGCACCCAUGCCGGCGGAAAAUGUGGAAUCGCCGUCUCAGCAACAACCGGUGCCCUUGCCUGUGCCUGUGCCGGCUUCGCUUCCUCUUUCUCCAGGUCAAACGCAAACGCCUCUACCGUCACCCGUGACUCCAGUAACUCCAGUGACUCCAGUGGUAUCUCCUACUGUUGCACCACGCAUCACCACCGUGACGGACGUAACAAGGGUUACGGUGUUUACGAGCACCAACACGACGGCUUUUGUCACAGCCACUUCGUCCCAGCAUUCCGUGCCCACCGUGAAUGGGUCGUCCACUGUUAAGCAGUCGCAUCUUGCUGCUGCCAUUCUUACGUUUUUAUCGAUGAUCUAUUAUGCCAUCAUUACUUAGAAGACUUGUUGUCUUUGCGUACCCAGUCUUUUUUAAUUCCCUGUAAUUCUUUUACUGUAUAACUUGUGGACUUACUUUUCAAACUCGGUUGAUGUUUUUUUGUCGGUACUCAACCCUAAUAAAUGCAAUGA